UUCUAGCAGUCAGUUGAUCGUGAACCAUUGGAGAGUGAGGAUUCGGGCGGUCUGGGCAAAAUGACUUUGUUUGUGUUUUAUUCUGUACUUCAUAGUGUCCUGUGGGCGUCUUCCUUCGCCGCCGGAUAUGUCGAGAGCGGAGUGUCUACGGGGGACGCGGCGCCCAGGUUUGAGCCGCAGGUAGCAAUGGUGUGUGCCGGUCGCAGCCAGUACCACGCCCAGUACAUGACCAAGACAGGCCGAUGGGUCACCGACGAGGACUCCAAGGUCACUUGCCUCAAGGACAAAGUGGACAUCCUCCGCUACUGCAAACAGGUGUAUGCCGACCGGGAUAUUACCAACAUUGUGGAGUCUUCACACUAUUACAAAGUGCCCAACUUCUGUCGACUGGGCCACUCCAAAUGCAAAGCCUCAGCAUGGGUGAAGCCUUACCGGUGUCUCGAGGGAUCCUUCCAGUCUGACGCCCUACUGGUGCCUGAGGGCUGCCUCUUUGACCACAUCCACAACCAGUCCAGGUGCUGGGAGUUUGACCGCUGGAACACUACUGCCGACCAUGCAUGUGCCGCCCGCAGGAUGACCCUCAAGUCAUUCGCUAUGCUGCUGCCAUGCGGCAUUGAUGUGUUUUCAGGGGUAGAAUUUGUCUGCUGUCCCAAAAAUUACAAGAACCAUGGUAAGGCACGUCCCAUGGAGGUGGAGGAACCAGUCGCCCUCCCCCAGAUGGACCGACAUGCCCACCAGUCUCUCUCCCCACCUACCCCAACACCCACACCACGAAUCCCCACCACCACCACACCACAGGAGGUUGGCGCCAGGGAUGAAUACUUCAGCAGAUUUGACCCCCAUGAAGAGCACGAUGCCUUCCGUCGGGCGGAGCAGCGGCUUGAGGAGCGCCACCGUGAGAAGGUGUCCAAGAUCAUGAAGGAAUGGUCUGAUCUGGAAGAGCGUUACCAGGACUUGCGUGCCAAGGACCCACACAGCGCUGAAGAGUUCAAGCAUCGCAUGACUCAGCGUUUCCAACAAACUGUGGAGGCUGUGGAGGCAGAGAAUGAGGCAGAAAGGCAUCAACUGACUGCUCUCCAUCAGCAGCGCAUUGUUGCCCACAUCAAUGAGAUGAAGAGGGAAGCAAUGACUUGCUACACCCGAGCUCUUAAUGAGAAACAGCCCAACACUCACCGCGUCCAGAAGUGUCUUCAGAAAUUACUUCGUGCCCUCAAUAAGGAUCGCCACCACACUGUUUCUCAUUACAAGCACCUUCUCAAUUCUGACUAUGAAGCAGCUGACCGUGAGCGUGACUCCACCCUGCAGCACCUCAGUGACCUGGAGCGCAUGGUCAACCAGUCCCUCAACAUGCUUGCAAGGCAUCCAGAUCUAAAUGCCAAGAUUGGGCGACUGAUGCGGGAGUAUUCUGCUGCUCUGCGUAGCAAAUACUCCACUCCCCCUGAACUGUCCACACAUGCUCCCUUGCCACUCGCCACUGAUGUGCAGAGUGAGGAGGACCACGUGUCAGGUGAUAACAGUGACGAGACUGUGAAUGAAGAGGUGGAUGAAGAGCACAGCGAUGAUGAUACAGACCAUGAUGAUGAUGAAGAAGAGGAUGAGGAAGGUGAUGAUGCUCCAGGGGCAUCUGAUGAAGAUGAGGAUGAAGAUGAUGAGAAUGAUGACAAUGAUGAUGAUGAUGAUGAUGAUGAGGACUACACAGAUUCUCUGGACACUUACCCUGAAGAGCCAGAGUUCAGCAGCAUGACACAGGCCAGUCAAAGCCAGGAGUCCGACAGUGAGUCAGUCAGCCAGGACCCAGUUGAGCUGGAUACUCCAACAGCAGAUUCAGGUCUGCGAGCAGCCUCCUCGUCCCCCAACGCCUCAACCCCCAACGCCUCAGUCCGGCCAGAGCCCCUCCUGGUGCACCACACUGACGACGUGCAGGUGGCCAACGUCCAACACCACCCGCUCUCCCACCAGGCCAGUUACAGUGUGAUGAGGGAGACCUCAGGCAGUGAAAGCCGUGGAGUAUAUUUCACUUUAGCCUUCGCUGGUGUGGCACUAAUGAUGGCCAUGGUGGUUGGCAUCGUGGUCCUGCGGCGCAGAAACAGCACCAACCCACACAGUCAGGGUUUCAUGGAGGUCGACCAGGCCAUCACACCUGAAGAGAGGCACGUGGCCAACAUGCAGGUCAAUGGGUAUGAGAACCCCACUUAUAAAUAUUUUGAGGAGAAAUAAGCAGUGCAGGGGGGAGCAUUUUGUUCCCAAAUAAACAGAAAGGGCAGCAAUUCAUCCGUUUUCCCCCAAAAAAGGAAUCAUGCAUCUGUAUUUACCUGUCAGGCUGACUGCUAAGACUAGAAAAUCUUUAUACUUGACUCUAAAGUGAGGUGAGGUGUGACUGGGGUCAGCCAAGAGGGGGUUAGUGUUGGAACAUCACUUGUGAACAGAAAAGUCAAGCUCACAGGUGCUGAUGAUGUGCAUUGUCAUUUCAGAAUCACUAGUUGUCAAUUCAGUAUUUGCUAUAAUAUUAAGGCAGUCAUUAACCAACUUCAUAUAUAAUUGAUAGAUCUUGGCUAAUAUCAGAGCUCUCCUAAGUAACCCCAAGAAGUAAAUGUGCAAAACUUCAGAACCUGAAAUUAGUUUGAUUUGAGCUUUCAUUUUAGUGUAAUGUUUAAAAUGUUUUACAACAAUUCACAAGCUCAUGAACCUUCUUGCAGUAGGUAAAAUGCAUUGCUUUAAGCUUUUCAACUGUUUUUACUUUGACAUUCCAUGGAGUCGGCAAGUCCUGAUUCUGAGAUGCACAGUCAAGUGUUGUGUGCAACUCAAGCCUUAAGCCAUUGGGUUUUUUAGCCACUAAUACUACCAUUAUCCAGUCUGGGACUUUCAACACACUGGGAUAGCUUAACCUAACAUGAUUUUAAUGCUUUAAUUAAUUUGCUAUCAUGAAAUGAGCAUUAGAAGUCAUGUUGAAAUUGAACCAGCUAAGGAUGUUGACUCCUGGGUACAUGUGGUAGUUGUCCUGUAAUUCAUUGUAAAUUAUGUAAUAUGUCCAGAAUACAAUAAUUUGUUACAGUAGCAUACAAUAGGUUUUACCAUCAUUCUGUCCUAAAUUUACCUUAUUGACUUAAAAAACAACAACUUAGAAGCCUUUAUAAAUGAUUACAAGAUGAGGUAAUAGAGAAGAAAGUCUGAAUGUUGGAGGUGCUCUGUUGAGUCUCUUGUGCAUGUUGCCUCCAUCAGCCUGUGUUGGUAAUGCCCCUAUACACUCAUCCUCAUCACAGUCAAACAAGUCUACAGUUUAGCUGGUUGACAGCAUGUAUGAAAGGAGAGGCAGUGUUGUAUCCAUGCCUGGGGUAGGUCUGAUCACCUGGCUGGGUGGUAACAAGAGGCUGGCCUGAGCACCUACAGGAGUUCAGAGGUUCCGGACAGUUACUGGAAACGGGUUGGUGUUGCGAGGCCGGGGUCAAUCCUCUCGGCCCAACACCAAGGUCUAAGUGGUCUCAUGAAACAUUAUUUUUAUGCUGGCGGCUGACAUUUUUCUCAUUAAUUCGUAGAAUAAAUUAUAUUUUUGUCAUUUCCAUCUCAGAAAGGUGCAGUUAGACAUUCUUUUGUUUUAUGAAGUCCAAAGUAGAUUUCUAGGUCUAAGAUUUUUUUACUUAUACAUAAAUAUAUAUAUACAUAUAUAUAAAUAUAUUUUUGAUCCAUUGUUUUAGUUAUAAAUAUGGUUAAUCAACCUGACCUUCAGAAGCAAAAAACAAGCUCCACUGCAUUAUGGAAGUCACAAAUUGUUUGAGGUGUACAGAAUUGUUUUUGUUUUGUUUUGGACUUAUGAAAGUGCAGAAAUUUGUACUUCUCAGAAUUCCUAGUGCACUAAUGUAAUUGUGUAAAACAAAUUCAUGGAGUGUGGAAAGCUGAAAGACGAGAAGUGAGAUUUCUUCUCACUUAGAUAAAUUAAUGUCAUUAUUGGUGGUGAGCAAAUAACCAACCAUAGUCCAGUACUCCUCUCCCUAUGUGUGUGCGUACAAUGUAAGUGUUGCUGUACGUGCACAGUUAAGUGUUGCCGCUUGCCUUCAGUAAGCUGUUGUGUGGAAGUAAUUAACAUGGAUUCCUCUACACACCUUCUGCUCAUAUACUUUUACAUGUAUGUUGAGUCUUAGCAUGACCUGAAGGAUAAGAGUUUGGAUAUCACUUUCAACAGGUAUUAUAAAUACAGGUUAGAGGUCUGUCACAUAGGACUGUUGAGCCAUGCUGUAUGACUGCCACAAAUAACGUAACUCAACUCCUGACUAUAAAAAUAAAAACAUAUACAUACCUAAUGCGAGUCACCCUAAUUACUUUCAAUCAAGCCAUUCCUUUUUGUGAUAACCAAAGUAUAUCAAGAAUCCUGCAUCAUUCCUUAUGUUUUCCAAGUCUCUGGUAUAUAUUGCUAUAGUUUGUUGUUUGAUUAUAAUAGGAGCAGUACAUAAGAGCUAGCUAAACUCACCCCACCACUCAGAGCAUAUAAACCUUUAGAUAUAUAUUGAGCAUGUACAUAAUGAGUGGCACAGGGGUUUUGUGUCAUAUAUGAUAGAGUUGUAUCAUUUUAUACUAUAUGACUUUCUGUAGUUCAAGUUUCUCAUCAUGGCGCGCAGGAUUUCCCCUCCAUCGGCGUACUGAGUUCACAACUGCUUUACCUUGGGUUGCAUGUCAAUUUUUAUGCUCUUUCUUCCAAGUUCUGUACGUCUCACAGAAGCUGAUCUGGAACGAGUUCAAUACAUAUUUUUUUAUGAACCUCAUUAAUCCCACAGCUCGUUUCUUAUGGUUUCUUUUCAUACCAUUACUUUUCCACGUCGUCCCUUUUUUUCCCUUUUUUUUUCCUUUUUGCCAAGGAGAAAUCAUCAUUGUAGGUAUUACUUUUAGCUAGACAGUAAAAUGGAGUCACAACUUAGAUAUUAGAAAGUACUGACAUUAACUGUGAAUUAUUUAAAAAGAAAAGUGCUUCUUCUUUGUGGAAGUCAAAUGUGCAAAAGCCAGAGAGUAGCCCACCUGCAUCUCUGAAUGGCCAGCCACAUCACAUAAGGAGGAAGGGGAAAGUAAAAAUUCAUUAAGUGUUUAUAGUUGCUUCUCAAUUAUUGAUAUAUUUUGGGCUAUUGAUUUGCAAAACCAAUAGCUCAAAUGUGAACAAAUGAAAUUGUAAAAUUUAUUGAUCAUAAAAUAAUAAUAGGUGUCAUCCUUCUUUUCCUCUCUUACUGUGGAAUGUGUCAUUAGUGUUCUCUAACCACUGUAGCUUAAGUCUGUACAUGUCUCACACACUAGCAGGUUAAGUGACCUCCCAUGCAUCUCACCUCCCAUGCCAUCUGGCCAGUAUGUAUGUAAUGACCUAUGGCUACUGCUGAUGAAGUUUUAAGUAUUUUUGCAAAAGAAUGUGAAUUGAUGGUAAUGUAUCAUGGGAGAUGGGAUUGAACUUGAUCUGAAUAAAUGUACCAAAAAAAUAGAAA